UCCGGAAAUUUUCAACGAAAAGGAAAAUCCGGAAAAUUUUGAAUCUUGGCGAAGCUUCGCGGAAACCCACUUCCUUUUCCCCUACUUCGCCCACUUCCUUUUUAACCGCCCCCCGCAGCCAUGGCUUCCCACUUCUCACCAGGUAGAUCGAUCGAUAGAUCAGAAGAAGAAGUAGAAGAAGAGCAAUGAAGCUUACCUUUGGAUCCCUUUUCGGAUCGCCAGCUAAACCAGGGAAGAAGGCCAAGCCUGCGCGGACGAUCUCCAGAUCGGAGACAUCGUCGUUUGGAUCGAACUCCUCGUCAGAGGAAUUGACCCCGAAGUCAGUGCUCCCACGUGAGAAGGUGACGAGGAGGGAGCUUGAGGGUGUGCUGAGGAAGCUGGGCCCGGAUCCGCCAAGCGAGGAGGAAGUGGCGGCGAUGCUAGCCGAGGCUGAGCAUGGAGGAGAAGGUGGGAUCAGCUUGGAGGCGAUCGGCGCGCUUGGAGGGUCAGCGAGGAAAUCGACGGCGGGGAUCGAGCUUCGUGGAGCGUUCGCUGUGUUCGACGAGGACGGCGAUGGGAGGAUCUCGGCGGAGGAGCUGAUGAAGAUAUUCGCGAUGAUCGGAGAGGAUUCGUGCACCAUCGACGAUUGCCGCCGGAUGAUCGGCGGCGUCGACAGCGACGGCGAUGGCUUCGUCUGCUUCGAUGACUUCGUGCGGAUGAUGGCGUCACCGAGAUGAAGGAAAACGGUUGAUCAUCUCGUUGCUGAUCACGAGGCAGGAGUGUACGGUGGAGAUGGAUUCUGGUUUCAUCUUUGUUAUCUUUGUUCUUUUGGGUAUAUUUGUAAUUACCGCAAUGCCCUUUCUAUGAAACUCAUCGCAACCGUCCUUAUUGCCCCCGCUGAAAUCAUCUCAUUUUUCUUA